AUGGACUCGAUUUUGAACUCAUCCUUGGAACAAAUCUGCUCCGAAGGUCCAAACGGUCUCCUCCUCCAAACCCUCUCCUCCAGACUCAACCUCUCUCCGCCACUCCAACAACCCCUAUGGGCGGCGCUACUCUCCAUCCCCUCCCUCAAAUUCCACACCCAAAACCAAAACGCCACCGUUUCGCACCUCCCAACCGACCCUUCAAUCCAGUCCUUCCGAGACGCCGAGAAUCUCAACCUGAAGCUCGUCGCAGACCAGCCUCUCCGCAACAACUUCCUCGGCCUCUACGACGUCCGGUCCGCCGCCGACGCCAUGUGCGCGUACCAACGCAAAACCCUAGAGCGCGUGGCCGCGGCUGGGUCAAAGGGGAUCACGCAGAGUCAACUCUCCAAGGAGCUUGGGAUUAGAGGUGAGAAUUUCUUUUACAAAUUGAGGAGGCUUGAAUGUCAAGGCUUGGUUGUCAAGAAAUGCUUGGAUGAUACCAAUUUAGUGUGCUUAAAUCGUUACGCAAAGCAUUUAGGUUUAGGGUUUGAACCACAGAGGGUUGAGGUGAGUAAAUGUGAGGGUGAAGAGAGUGAGAGCAAGAAGAGUGGUGGUGAUUUUACUGCGGAGCUUCCGAUUGAGCAUCAGAUUUACGAGAUGGUUAAUGAGGCCGGGUCGAGGGGGGUCAUUGUGUUUAAGGUUGCAGAGAGGCUGGGAAUUGAUAGGAAAGAGAAUAGGAAGAGGAUUGAGAGUUUGUGCUCCAAGUUUGGGAUGAUUAUGGAUAAGGAGAAAUGUGGAAAGACUCAAGUGUAUCGAGUUUGGGCGCCUGGGAAACGCAAUGCUGAAUCAGCUAAUGAGAUUCAGAAUGAGUCAGAAUGUGUUGGUCGAAGUAAGUUUACUGAAGAUGUUCUUGAUGGGUCUGUUCAGAAAGGUGAUACUGCAAUGGCAACAGCCACAAAUGAUGUCUCGUCAGGAAUGCCACCUGCUGCGGAAUGUGCCAGGCCUAGAAGGGGAAAAGGUGUACUAGAACCAUCGCAGGAUAAAGGGGAUCAACUUCAAUCUCAGGGAUUUAAAAGCCCUUUGCAGAAAAGGAAGAGAUCUUCUGAAGCAGCAUCUAUAGAGUUUAUAGAAGUUGAUGGCAUAACUGAGCACCAACCUGGAUCAAAUGAAGAUGGUGAGGAGGGGUGUGCUUUUUCAAAGUCAAAAUCACCAAGGUUUUUAUGGACAGAGGAGGCUGAUAGGCAGUUAGUAAUCCAAUAUGUAAGACGUUGUGCAACUCUUGGGGCAAAAUAUCAUCACCAUAUAAAUUGGAGUUCACUUCCAGACCUUCCAGCGCCUGCAAGUACCUGCAAAAGAAGAAUGUCAUAUCUAAAGAUCAGUAAUGGAAAAUUUAGAAAAUCUUUGAUGAGACUGUGUAACAUGCUCAGUAAACGGUAUGCAAAGCUCCGGCAGAAAAGCCAGAACAGGUCAUUUAACCAAGAUGAUUGCGGAUCACUUUUUCAAGAUUCAACAGAGGAGGGUUGUAACCAGAAUUAUCCUCUCAGUGACCAUGGGACAGGUCUCCAGGAAGAACCAUGGGAUCACUUUAAUGACAAAAAUAUUAAAGAAGUGCUUGAGGAGAUACUUCAUUAUGUGAGGUCGACUAAGUCUGUUGCCUCCAAAACAUAUGGAGCUUCCUGUAGGGAGGGGUCAGAUCUUAAUGCUAAUGCUGAAGAAGAUGUCUUCCCCAAUAUUUGCAAGUCACCAUUUCCAACUGAUUCAGGCAAGAGAGCUGCCAAAUUUGCUCAUUGGCUCCACAAAAGAGAUAGAGAUCUACUGGGGAGGGGGAUUGAUCUUCCAACAGAAAUACAGUGUGGUGACCUCUUUCAUUUGUUUGCUUUAGUUUCUUCAGGUGAAUUGUCAAUCUCCCCAUGCUUGCCAGAUGGAGUGAGAGAAGCAGAAGAUUUGAGAAGCUCAAAACAGAAAAUUGGUAGGAAUGAACAUCUGAAUGCUAAAAGAUUAAAAUCCUUGGUAGCAGAAAGUGAGAUUAUUUCCCGUCGAGAAAAAGGUUUCCCGGGUCUUAUGGUAUCUGUAUAUCGUCCGGCAUCUUCUAAACUUGAUUGUGAUGAUUUGUUCAAAGAUGAAGAACAUUUUGGUGGGAAUCAUCAAGACUCUUCAGCCCAGAAUCAGAUUAGAGAAAUCCUCAAUCCAGGCAUCGUUACCCCAGUAACAGAGAAUUGUAGAGAGUCACCUGACAAAGGUAUCCUCCAUCCAGGAAGUUGCUAUAUUGGCGGCGCUCCGAAUGUUAAUGAUGCACAUAUUCUUAUUUCUCCUAAAGAGGUUGCUGCAUGCCCAUCUGAAAAACUAACUAACAGUGUGGAAGGCAAAGACAUCUCACCUAGAAGAGAUUUUGAUAAAUAUUCUAGAUGCUCUUCUGAUAAUUCGUUUGCACCUCGUCUUCCUUGGAUAAAUGUGGACGGGACUAUCAACAAGACCAUGUACGAGGGGCUCAGUCGACGUGUUUUCGGGAUUGUGAUGCAAAAUCCCGGUAUAUUGGAGGGUGAACUUAUCCAUAAGAUGGAUGGACUGAGUCUGCAAAGCUGUAAAAAAUUGUUGGCGGAGAUGAUUGAGGCAAAAUAUCUUCACAUCAGGACAAUGCGUCAAGCCACAACCAAUGGCCCCCCAGCAUUUCUAGGGACCCUCUCCGGAACCAGCCUCACCCAUUCAAAGGUGGUUUUCUGUAAGCAUCUCUUUGCAAAUUCCAUGAAUUCAUUCUUGCUAUAGGGUUGCUUUAUCUUUUUUCAGUAGUGAUGGUACAUUGUAAUGAGCAUCCUGUUCUGUACAGUGAAAGCACAUUGUAGUGAAGAAACUUAACACUAACAAGUACUGUAUAUAGGUAAACUCGUU